AUGGAAGAUUUUGAUGACUUAACUCAGUCAUCUGAAAUAUCCUCAUUUGGCAAGUUUCCUUGCCCUAAUUAUGAAGCUGUAUUAAAGCUAAUUGAACAUCUUAGCCUGGAAUGCAAAGAUUCUGAUAGUCUAUUGAAAAUCCAAGAUACAAUUCAUUCAUAUAAAAGGCUAAUACAAUUUAAAAGUAGUCACUGCAAAGCACUUGAAGGAAAACUCGGAAUUAUGGAAAAUGAAGUGACUGGACUACAUAAAAAGCUCUCAGAAGCAGAACAUGAAAAAAUAAAGCAAGAACAAGAGCUCUACAAUCUAAGAUUUGCUUUAAAACAAGAAGAGGAGAAGAGAAAAAAUGCUGACUGGGUUUACGAAAAAAUUAAGGAGCAGCUAAGAGAAAAAGAAGCGCAAUACAAUAAAGAAGUUAAAGUGAAACAAAAACUUGAAAUCCGUGUUAGGGAACUGGAUUUGGAAUUGAAGACUGUGAUAAAUAAUCUCAAUAAAGCUACAGAGGAACGAAAUGGCAUUGAGAGGCAGCUUUUGCAAGAACAGAAUGUCAGAAUCUUACAGGAUGAGAUUCUGGCAAAUCAGCUUCACAAACAAAAGGAACUAAAAAUGGCACAAGAGAAAAUUAGCUCUCAGUUUCAAGAAGCACUGGACCAACACCAACAAGAGCCUGCAGAAUGCAUUAAGAAGAUGCAAGACUACAUACAGAAACUUGGACUUGAAAAUUGUAAGUUAAAAGCUACAGCAAGAAAGCAAGCAGAGAAAAUUGAACAGUUAAAGAAAAACCUAGUAAGUGAAAUUUUGAAUGAUGACCUUACUGCAAAACUGGAAACUGCAUCUUCCAAGUGUCUACAUCUACAUAAAGAAAACCAGCUGCUUCAACAGGAGUUACUAUCUAUGAAAACCAUACAAAAGAAAUGUGAAAAAUUAAAGAAGCAUAAAAGGAAGUUAGAGCAAGAAAUAGUUAACCUCAAAGUUUAUAUGGAAAAGAAUAUGAUAGAAUGUGGCCAAAUGGAACAGUAUAAAUGGGAAAUUGAAGAGAAAACAAAGCAGGCCUUAGCGGAAAAAUUAAAACAAGUCAACCUAUUUUUGCAGACACAAGCAGCGUACGAAGACAAGCUAGAGAAGUUAAGGCAUGAACAGAACGCUUCAGUACGAACUGAGAUGGAGCUCAGAAUAAGGGACCUGGAAUCUGAAUUCUGUAAAAUGAAAAGUCAAGUAGAUUGUAAUCAAAUAGAAAUGGAAAACUAUAAGCAGCUCUACCUAGAAGAGGUCAAAAUUAGAAAAUCAUUAUCAAAUAAACUAAGCAUAACAGAUGAAAGGCUGGCAAAGGUGAAGACCAAACUUCUCCAGGAGAGAAAACAGAACAGAACUUCACAAUACAGCACCAUUGACACAAGAUCUGUCCUGGAGUCCACUUGUCAGAGAGACCUUAGUAAUAGAUUUUUCAUUCCAAGAAGUUUCUCUGGAGAAAACGUAAUGGUUCCUACCUCAAACCUCUGGCACUCAAUUGAGACCACAGAAAACUGCAAAACCAAGCGCAGGGCUGAUGGAACUCCGCCCCUCACAAUCCACCGCCAGCAGCCCGGCACUGAGUCCAGUCAGCCAAUCGGUGACUUUGACAUACCCGGCUCUGUGAUUGGCUAUUGCGGAGACGCCCUCCAGUUCUUUGGUGCCACGGUGGCCGACAGAGGACAGGAGGCUUGCAAGGCGAGGGACGCUUUCACUAGUACGCGGGGCAGCUUUUGGUGUCCGACCCGGCUGUGCGAAGAUGGCUGCGGCGGCGCUGCUGGCUGUGGUAGAUAG